AGUGCAGAAAGAAGAAGAGAGCAAUGCGGAGUAAUUCGUUACUUCUGUUUUCUUCGUUGCUCGGAAGAGAUUCGCUUUUACUUCGCAGACAGAGUUGUUUUCUGGUGUUCAGCUGGGAAAUAACGAAAGGGUGGAUGCAAAGAAUGUGAAGCAAUAUUUGAUAAGAUGGCAUCUCUUAACCAUUCCACCUCCAUUCUGCCUUCCUGCACCUACGAGGAGGACUUCAAGCGCUUCCUCCUCCCCUCCGUCUACAGCCUGGUCUUCAUCUUUGGACUGCCGCUCAACUUCAUCAUCAUCCUGCGGAUCUGGGGCUCCUGGCACACUCUAACGCGGACCAAAAUCUACAUGCUGAAUCUAGCGGUGGCAGACUUCCUGUACGUCUGUUCCCUUCCGCUUCUCAUAUACAACUACGCCAGCAAAGACUACUGGCCUUUCGGUGACUUCACCUGCCGCCUGGUUCGCUUCCAGUUCUACAGCAACCUGCACGGAAGCAUCUUCUUCCUCACCUGCAUCAGCUUCCAGCGCUACAUGGGCAUCUGCCAUCCGCUGACGGUGUGGCCCAGACAAGGUGGACGCAGGCUGGCGUGGUUGGUCUGCGCUGGCGUCUGGGUGGCCGUCGCGGUUCUCUGCGCUCCAACGUUCGAGUUCGCCGCCACCGGCAUCCAGCGCAACCGAACGGUGUGCUACGACCUUAGCGUUCCAGAGCGCUCGACCGCGUACUUCCCAUACGGCAUCACUUUGACCUUUCUGGGCUUCGUCGUGCCCUUUCUAGUGAUCGUGGUGCUGUACUGCAAAAUGGCACGGGUUCUCUGGCAGGUCGGCGAAGCUCAAGAAGCCGUGGCUGUAGAAAGGAAGAAUAAAGCCGUCAGGAUGAUCAUUAUUGUGAUGCUGGUGUUUGCCAUCAGCUUCUUGCCGUUCCACGUGACAAAGACGCUCUACCUGCUGGUGAGGGCCUUUCCCACGGCCCCCUGCGAACUGAGGAACCUGCUGUCUGUGGUCUACAAAUGCACCAGACCCUUCGCCAGCAUGAACAGCGUUCUGGACCCCAUUCUGUUCUACUUCACCCAACCGCAGUACAGACGCAGCACCAGGAGUCUGCUGCUCAAGAUCACCUCGCUCAGAGACAAAGUUGACAAAAUCUGACUGGAACACACCUGCUUGGGUCAGAAAUAACUGUGUUAAAGCAAGACACUACAAUCACAUCGUUUUUUUUUUUUUUUUUCUCAACUAUACAUAUUUGAGUUUUUUAAGGGUAAGGUUUACAAAUUAUUUAUUUUGUAAGAGUGUAGCGGAAAAUUACAUUCAAAAUAGACAGACAUGCCGCUAAUCAAAAUGAUCACACCCCUGUUUUAAUAGCUCCGCCCCCAAUCCUUUAACAUGCUUUGCAAAACAGGCACUCCCCCCCAUCAUUAGAGGACACGCCCCUUGCUGCUGAUUGGCUACAAGUGUGUUAUGGAGAUCUGGUCCGAUCGGCUUUCAACAGGCUUUCUCAGAAAUCGAUUACUGCAUCUUUAUUAAGUGUUUAUUUAGACACUAUUUCAGUUUCAGUUUCAGUUAUAGUACAUAUCUAUAAAAGCUCUUUUUUUCUCAUACACUAAUCCAAAAAUCUCCACUUCAGCAGCACAUACAUCACACCAAAUGUUUUAAGAAGGACUUGUUCAAGGGUUAUUAUACGUAGUUACUACAACUGAAACCAUUUAAAAAAAAAAACAUUUCUGAUACUUGAAAUAAAAUAAAUGCUAACUGAAAUAAAGGAAGAAUUUAAUUGAAUUUAAAGCUGAUUGUCAAUGCAGCAUUUCUCAUUUUUGUUUAAUUAUUGUAAAGUAUUAAAAUAACUAAAACUAAAUGAUGUAUAAAAACUAUAUGAACAUAAAAAAAAUACUAAUAAAACAAAAACAACAAAAUUGCUCAAAACAAGUAAAGUAAAAACUAAAAAUUUAAAAAUCCUGUUUAGAAUGCUUUAAAAGUAUAUCAAUGAUACUGAAAUAACACUGGUUUAUUAAUAUAAUUUAUAUGACAUUUUAAUUUCUGUAAACAUGAUGAAAAUAUUUUUCAGUAUUUUGUGAUUGGUGAAGAAAUAAAAAGAAAAAUCCAAAAAAAAAAAAAAACUCUAAAAAAAAACAAUACAAGAAUUUUGAGCCUGGCUUUAUUCAAUACUCAGAUUUAAGUUCUAGAAAUGUAUGGAAUUUAGUCCAUUUUAAAUUAGUUAAUGCCUUGUAAUACAAAAUGUAAAGACUCACUGUUGUGUGAUUAGUUAACUAGGAAAGUAUGGUGAUAUCCGAUAGUUAAACACCAUGCAGUGUGUACAAUUAGUCGGCUGUGUGGACGUUGAAAUCGAAAAAAGUCAAUAUUUAAAUACAAAACGUCCAAUGCAUUAAAUCCCUGUACUGUGAAAAUUGUACAUAAUGGUUGAAGAUAUUCUUAUAGAUUGAUUCAGUGUUACAAAAAUGUAUUUAUGAUGACUGAAACUAUCAUACAUCACCCUAUGGACAUUUGAACUUGAACAUUCGAUUCAUCAAAGAAUCCUGAAGAAAAAAAGUAUCACAGUUUCCACAAAUAUAUGGAAGUAACACAACAUUUUCAACAUUGAUAAUAAUCAGAAAUGAUUCUUGAGAAAUGUUUUAAAAUUCAGCCUUGCAUCACAGGAAUCAAUUACAUUUUAAUAUAUAUUCAAAUAGAAAACAAUAUAACUGUUUUUUCUAUUUUGACAGAAUAAAUGCAGGCUUGGUGAGGAGCAGCAUACUGUAUAUGCGUGAUAUUUAGGAUAAAUAGGUGCACUGAGACAGUGAUGUGUGGAAUUAUGGAUGAGAGAUAGAGAUGAAUGAGAGCAUUUGGAAUGGAAAGAAUAACACCCACCAUCUGUUUAACAGACUGCAUCUGCUGCACAUUAUCUGGAGGUCAUUAUCAGAUGUUUGAUGGUUUAAUAACACUUUGUACAGCUCAACAUGCAUCUGAUGAAACAUCUUGUCCUACUAGAGAAGGAUCUUGUUUUAACAACACAGAGACAUAUUUGCACUGCUUGUACCGUCAUUGUGUUUCCAUGAAGCAGUUUAAUCGCAGAUGUAAAUAUCACAUGUCUUAGAAGCUUUUAUUUGACCUUUCAACGUGACCAAAAACUACAAAUAGAAAUGGCUGGGUUUACAGUAUGGUAAAACAAAUCCUGUUGCAAUGUUGUGAGCGUGAAUGUAUUUUAGUCAUUUGGCCAGUAUUAUCUUUGUGAGUUUUUAAAUAUGAAUGAAUUUCACCUUAUAAUGUCUGAUUGGAGAAGAGCCUUUUUCUUCGGUCUGCAUGAACAUGAAGCACUCUAAGUUCGGAGUGAAAUAUAACAUACUAUAUUCUGAACUGUAAAUACUGUAUACUACACCUUGUUUUUUUAAUUAAAUUGUUUGUGAAACGUCAUGCAUUAUGCAGUGAUAAUCGUCAAACAGAUACAUUGUUGUUAUGCAACCUUUCCAUGUUGCAUUAUUAAUUCAGCAAGUUACAUUCAUUUAUUAAUAAAUUAAAUGUUCUUUUCUUUUUGCAUUUUGAAAUCCGGUUUUGUGCUUGUCUAAUUAAAUAAUGGCUGUAUUUUGGCAAAUAUAGUAGAUCUUUAAGGUAUUCCAUAUAUAUAAAGUAUAGAAAAAGUCGUAGUACUGUGCUAUUUUAAGCAUACUGUAAAUACUGCUAACUUAUAAUGUUAACUUGUGAGCAUAUUAAAAAUUUCUAUAAUGUGACGAGCAUUACUGUGGUUGUGUCUGUGAACUGCCUGUAGGUGGCGUACUUGACUAACAAGCAGACGUGCUUUUUGCAAAUUAAACUGACUAUUUGCUUCCUGGUUCAGCGCUAAUUGUUGAACAUUAUUUGAGCAUUUGCAUAAAGAGAGUUUUAAAUAAUUUAAUAAUAUAUGACAUGCAACUUUUGGUCAAAAUUCAUCAAUGUGCCCAUGUAAUGAUGAAAACAGUUAUACAAUAUAAUAGCCAUUCAAGUCAUUUCAUCUCUGUUUCUAAUGUAGUAUGUGCAUACGAGAUCUUUUUUCAUGCCUAAUCUAUUUUAUUAAUUAUUGAUUGCUUGUCGGUCACUGUGCAAAGAAGAUUUUUGUCAGCUUUUGUUUAUGCAUAUCAAACUGUUUGUGUAAGUAAUCUGUAGAAUCUGUUGUUGUAUAGACAAGUGUAAUAUUAAAUGAAAUCUAUAUCCUC